CGGCGGCCCUUUUUUAAUUCUUAGUUCAGACUUGAACUUCAACACGCGUUGGACCUCGUCCUGUCCUCUACCACGGACAGAUCAUUUAUCGCCGCCGUGGCUGACAGCCAUGAAUGGAAUCCUAUCCAACUUGUGGGAACCGCAUGUAUAUGGAUAUAUACGACAGUUACUUGGCUAAAGGAGCUGGCGGUCAUUGUGCGUGAAGUUUAUUCAGGCAUCAACCGAGAUCAGAUAAGUAGUGACUUGGAUGACGCGAAAAGGACUGUCCAGAGAGUAUAUAAGCCUUGCUCGACUUCCUCACGUUGAUCCUCAACUACCACCAUAUCUCAAUCAUGACUGCCUAUUGGGAACCUGGAACUCGAUACAACCAAGGCGACGUAGUCAUAUAUAAUGGUCGUCGAUACAAAACCAUUCAGGCUCAUGCGUCUCAGUCUGACUGGACUCCCGAUGUCACCCCCGCUCUUUGGGGAGUACUCCAGGACGGUGAUCAUGGUUACGAGGGGCAUAGCCAACCACGCCCAGCCAACUAUACACCACCGUCACAACACUAUCCCGCUCCUCCCGCUGAGCAGAGCGUCCAGAUUCAUAAAGAAGAAGAGAAGAAGCACUGGUAUGAUAUUGAUGACGCCAGGAAGAAGCAACUCGAGGUGGGUGGGGGGCUUGCUUUGGGCUUAGGUUUGCUCGGUGCUGGAUUCACCGCCUACAAACACCAUGAGAAGAGCGAGGAAGAAAAAAAGGCCCAAGUAUGGUCCGUUCAAAACUGGGUUCGUGAGGCUCAAGCUCGUCGCAACGAGUGGAAACAAUGCGGCCUCACGGCUCCCGCUAUGUGGAUUUACAACGAGGGCAAGGACAUCCCAAAUGGUGCCAUAACUACCGGACAAGAACACGAUUGGACGCUCUACAUCUGCAGGGCUCCGAUGGAAGGUGGUAUUCAUAUUGGUAAGGCUUCGGAUGUCUUUCCAAAGGGGGCUGUGAUUGGCUAUGAUAAUGAGGAGGUCCAUCUGGCUCAAUAUGAAAUUCUUGUCGGCGAUAUGCGCGGUUUGCGAUGGCUUUCUUCAAGUGGGAACUUCAACUUGCAGACUUUGGGAGGUGCUCGUCCUGUAGAAGGUGGACGUGAUGGAAACGGGUCACCUCUUUACGUCGCAAGGGCACCCCAUAAGGGUGCAGUUCACCCAGGGAAAGUCGGCGAACGCAUCAAUGGCUGCCUUAUUCCAUACAAUGGGAAGGAGAAAGAAGUUGAUCAGUACGAGGUCUUGUGUUAUGCCCAAUGAGUACUUGAGUGCUCGUUUUUGUUAAAGGUUUUCGCCUCCCAUGCACUAGUCAGCGACUUAAAAUUGUCUCAGCAAAAUAUUGUACAAUAGAUCGAUUUUCUGCAUAGCAUCGAAUAUUUUACCUGG